AUGCCUAGGUACGCCGAUUCUCGCCGUCUUCGCCCACAACCGCCAUACAAACAUCCGUCAUCUUACACAUCCGAACCUGAACUCGACCUCGACCUCGGGCCUGGUGACAAGAUGUCGACCAUUACCGAAAUCCUGACCGAUGCGCAGUGGCAGCAGGUGCUCAGCUCUGCACCCGCCUCAACCCUCAUCGUCGCCUCUUUCCACGCACCCUGGGCGGCGCCAUGUGCCCAGAUGGCGACAGUCCUGUCCACGCUCGCAUCCGAAUACCCCGUCACCGACCCGCUAAGCACCCAGUGGGUGUCGAUUAAUGCCGAGGACCUCAGCGACAUCAGCGAAACCUACGAUGUGACCGCGGUUCCUUACCUGGUGCUGCUGCGAAACGGCGAGGUCGUCGAGACCGUUAGCGGCAGCAGCGCCGUCAAGGUGCGGACGGCCAUCGAGAAGCACGCAAACAAGGCCGGAGGCGCGACGCAAGGUGCUGCCGCACCCAACGGCACUGCUCAGGCCGCCGAGGUGGCCCAGGCCGACGCCACCGUCACUGACCCGGCCAAGCAGAAGGAGGAGCUGUUCAAGCGUCUCGGCGACUUGGUCAAGGCAGCCCCCGUUAUGCUCUUCAUGAAGGGCACGCCCAGCUCUCCUCAGUGUGGCUUCUCGCGACAAAUGGUUGGAAUUUUGCGCGACAACUCUGUCAAGUACGGAUUCUUCAACAUCCUCGCCGACGAUGAUGUGCGCCAGGGUUUGAAGGAGUAUGCUGAGUGGCCGACUUUCCCGCAGCUGUGGGUGGACGGCGAACUCGUUGGCGGCCUCGACAUUGUUAAGGAGGAGCUCAGCAGCAACGAGGAGUUCUUCAAGCCAUACAGCGUCGCUGCCGAACCGACGGCGGCAUAA